ACUAUGAAAAAAAGUUGGUUGUGUAAGAAAAGCUUUUAUUAUUUCAUGCCUUUCAGGUGUAGAAAGAUGGGGAAGGGGGGUUGAUGCAAAAAAAAGAAACGAUUUUUUAAUGGCACGAUUGAGUGCAGUUUAAGUGUUUGACAUGUUUCCGUGCACUUUGUACAACGGUUAAAAUGGGGUCCAAAGUCCAGCGGCUGCAGGAGCGGAUGGAUAAACGUGAACCCAGGAAAAUGUGCCCAGUUCGAAUGUAAACAGAGGAAUCGAGGCCACGCUGAUGAUGACCAAAGCAGGUCACUGUCUCGUGUAGAAAGCAAUGUUUUUUGGUGACUUACUUGUUUUUGGAAGAGCUUGCCAUUUAGCUGAACAUGUGGGAAGAGUUCCAAUAACAUCAAGAGACAUCUUGUCAUGGCGAAGGAGUAAAUAAACUGGAAUUGGAAAGGGGUGGUUGGGGAGGGGAGGAAGAGUGGAUUGUUAUAAAUUUGGGGUUAUUUUGCGGGGGAGGGGUGUGAGAUGGUGACCAAAUUGACCGCCUUGCAGCUGGAGCUGGUCAAUGCACUGGUUGACUCUGGGCUGACCAAGGAGACCCUAGUCGAAGCUCUUCGAGAACUAGAGCCUUAUCCAGCUUGCCAGAGCGAGGAGGCUCAGGGCGCGGCGCUCAGCAUCCUCCCCAACGAUGGCUCCAAACCCGAAUCCCUGCCGACCUUGGCGAACGGCCACAGCAACCCCGAGAAACUUUCCGGGGACGAGAGCUCAGAGGAUGGUGACGAUGACUACGACACUCCGGCUAUCCUGAAGGAACCGCUCAACCUCAGCCCCGAGGAAGCUGCUCAGCAAAGGGCGAUCGUGGAACAACUUCUCCAGGAGGACCCAUGGAGAGCGGCAAAGAUGAUCAAGUGCUACAUGCAACAGCACAAUAUCCCACAGCGAGAAGUGGUAGACACAACUGGCUUAAACCAAUCUCACUUGUCGCAACAUCUGAAUAAGGGAACACCAAUGAAAAACCAGAAAAGGGCUGCUCUCUACACCUGGUAUGUCCGGAAACAGAGAGAGAUCGCUCAGCAGUUCAGCCAACCAACACAGAAGAUAGGACAGAAUGUGGCAGAGAGCAGGCAGCAGCUGUUUCUCUUCACAGAGUACAGCAAUGCAGCUCAGGGAGCUCCUGGGGAAGAGCCUGUCGAAGAGCCAAUCAGCAAGAAGAUGAGGAGAAACCGAUUCAAGUGGGGUCCCGCCUCGCAGCAAAUCUUAUUUCAGGCUUACGAGAGACAAAAGAACCCAAGUAAGGAAGAACGGGAAGCAUUGGUCGAAGAGUGUAACAGAGCAGAGUGUAUACAGCGAGGGGUUUCUCCAUCACAAGCCCAUGGCCUGGGCUCUAAUCUUGUGACUGAGGUGCGGGUGUACAACUGGUUUGCAAACCGUAGGAAAGAAGAGGCCUUUCGGCACAAAUUAGCAAUGGAUGCAUACGGCACUCAGCAACCCCAUACAGUAACCCCUGUGACACCCCAUAAUAACUCGCCCAUGCAGCCAAGUGCCUUGUCACCCAGCAAGUUACAAGGAGUAAGGUAUGGGCAGCAAGCUUCCAAUGAUGUUGUGCCUACAUCUGUCAGUCAUCAGAGCAACAGCACCAUGGUGACAACUCACACUGUACUGCAGCCUGUCUCUCCUCCAGGCCUGGAGCCAAGCCACAGCUUGUUGACAACAGAUACCAAAUUGAUAGCUGCGUCAGGAGGAACCCUUCCCCCUGUCAGUACGUUGACUGCUCUUCACAGUUUACCACACAACCCGCACGCUGUGGCCCAGCAGACCCAGAACCUCAUCAUGGCUUCCUUACCCAGCGUCAUGGCCAUAGCACCUGGUGAGUCAACCUGUCUGUCGCCCGCACUCACUAAUGGAGGAGCUUCCACAUUGGUCAUCGGCCUCGCCACGACUCAAGCUCAGAACGUUCCGGUCAUUAACAGCGUGGGCGGGAGCCUGACGACCCUUCAGCCUGUGCAGUUCCCACAGCAACUGCAUGCCCACCACCAGCAGCCAAUCAUGCAUCAGGUCCAGGGUCACAUGGCUCAGAGUUCAUUCAUGGCUACAAUGGCCCAGCUUCAAAACCCACACGCGGUGUACAGCCACAAGCCCGAACUGUCACAGUACCACACUGGCCUCUUCCCACAGACUAUGGUCUUUACAGAUGCCAGCAAUCUUAGCAGCUUGACCAGUCUCCCCAUGGCAAAGCAGGUUCUGUCACUAAAUUCGGAAAGCCAGUCAGAAAACCAGAUCAAUACUUCAGUGCAACAGGCCCCCUUGCAGAAUCUGGAUGGUUCCAUUCAACAUAUCCAUCGGGUCUCUGCAAGCCCAGCCAUCACCACAGUUUCCUCAGGUAGUCUGGUCAUGUAUCAAAACACAGAGCCAACGGACGGCCACAGCCACCUUCUGUCACCGAGUCACAGCAGUAUAGAGACCUUCAUUCCAGCGCAGAUGUCCUCUACUGCACCGUAACCAUGCCGACCAAAGCGGACUACCUUGUAACAUGCUUCGGGCCUGGAUCAAGCCACUGUGGAAAAAGAAGGCAAGAGGGGUUAAACUGCACUUGGGCAGUUGCAUUUCAACAAAAGCCAUGAACAUUUUGUGAAGAUGAUACUUAUUUCCAUAUUUUUAAUAGUAGAACUACUUUAUUAUAGAGGACUAUUUUGAGAGAUAUUGAUGUGCAAUAUGUUUAAUGAAAAUCUUCAAAUCAUGUGAAUAAUCCAAGUGUUGCAUAAGGUGGAAGGGGCUGGGGUCUCCAUGGUUGGAGAAUUACAGGCAAAACACUAAUAAUAGGUGGCUUAGUGGUUAGCACUGCAGCCUCACAGCAGCAGGGACCUAGGUUCGAUUCCACCCUUGGGCGACUGUCUGUGUGGAGUUUGCACAUUCUCCCCAUGUCUAUGUGGGUUUCCUCCCACAGUCCAAAAAUGUGGAGGUUAGGUUGGUCAUGCUAAAUUGCCCCAUAGUGUUCAGGGAUGUGUAGAUUAGGGGAAUGGGUCUGGGUGGGAUGCUCUGAUUGCUGGGCCAAAGGGCCUCUUUCUACACUGUAGGGAUUCUAUGAAAUUCUGUUCUAUGAAUUAUGCCCAGAUAUUCCCAACAAUCUUUAUUCUUUUCAUUCAUUGCUGGGAUGAGGGCAUUGCUAGCUAGGUAGCAUUUAUUGCCCAUCCCUCUGGGCAAUUAUGAGUCAACCACAUUACUUGGGUCUGGAGUCACAUGUAGGCCAGACCAGGUAAGGAUGGCAGUUUCCUUCCCUAAAGUGCAUUAGUGAACCAGAUACAUUUUUCCUGACAAUUGACAAUGGAUUCACGGUCAUCAUUAGAUUCUUAAUUCCAGAUAAUUUAUUGAAUUCUACUUCCACCACCUGCUGUAGCAGGGUUUGAACCCGCGACCCCAGAACAUUACCUGGGUCUCUAGACUAACAGUCCAAUGAUGAUACCACUAGGCCAUCGCCUCCCCACAAAUGUGACACAGUAGAGAUAUUUGGCAGCAUAAGUUUCAAACCUGCAUAUUGUGCUGUUAUUUUGUCCAUGUGAAUUUAGUCAAUAUGGUAAAAUUGACGCUCUGAUUUUGAAAUACCUGUUCCUGACUUAUUAAAAAAUGAAUUUGCUUUUUUCUCCCUUUACCCUGCUGAUUGUAAAAAUUGGAUUGAAAUACUUAACAACAAAUUGUGAAUUGUCACUGCAACUGACCUUGUCUACUCUGUCGUUGCACUUAAAAUUUACACAGUAGCAGUAUUAAAGUCUAUUCACUUUGUAUU